AUGUCACAACGCUUGGUCGUAGUAAGCAAUCGACUGCCGGUGACGAUCAAUCCAAACAGCUCCGUGCCUGGUGGGUAUGUAUUUAACGAGUCUACCGGCGGGCUUGUUAGUGCCUUGUGUGGCACCAAGAAGGCGAUGGAGUUUACGUGGAUCGGCUGGCCAGGCCCGGGCGUGCCUACUGGUAGCAUCCCGUACAUUGAGACGACGUUGCGCGAAGAGUACAACUGCAAGCCAGUGUGGCUUCCAGAUGAGAUGGCUGAGCGGCACUACAAUGGAUUUUCCAACUCAAUUCUAUGGCCGCUCUUUCACUACCACCCGGGCGAGAUGAGCUUUGAUGAGGAGAAUUGGACUGCAUACCGCGAAGCGAAUAUGCGGUUCGCCAAGGCGGUAAUGGAAGUACUUCGACCCGGAGAUCGGGUAUGGGUGCAGGACUACCAUCUCAUGCUUCUUCCGCUGAUGUUGACCGCACUUUUGGAAGGCAGCGGGAUUGAAGUGCUAAUCCCCCAUGACAAUCCCAAGCUUGGCUUAAUCGCCAAAAUUUGCGCCGAGUCGAUGCCCGAGUUUUCCGUCAUUCCUGCGCGGUCGUGCGCGGGGGAUCGAAUAUUACGUCGCUCCGAUAUCAAGAUUGGAUUCUUCCUGCAUACACCUUUCCCAAGCAGCGAAGUGUACCGCAUCCUCCCUGUCCGCCGCGAGAUUUUGCUUGGGGUUUUAUUCUGCGACUUGAUUGGUUUCCAGACGUACGACUAUGUCCGCCAUUUCCUCUCUUCCUGCAUGCGCAUCCUUGGCCUACCGACGUUUCCGAAUGGUGCCGCGUUUGGCAACCGACACGUCCAAGUGCGGACCUACCCGAUCGGCAUUGAACCACAGCAGUUUGAAGAGUGCCUUCAGCAAGAGUCUGUACAGAGCCGCAUUAGCCAACUUUCGCGACGCUUCGAGGGGGUAAAGAUAAUUAUCGGCGUCGAUCGACUUGACUACAUCAAAGGGAUUCCCCAAAAGCUGCAGGGGCUAGAGACCUUCUUCGAGGACCAUCCCGAAUGGAUUGGCCGCGUUGUUUUACUACAAAUCGCCGUACCUUCGCGGCAAGACGUGGAAGAGUACCAAAACUUGCAUACUACCGUCAACGAGACAGUCGGGCGAAUCAAUGGGCGUUUUGGCACGGUCGAGAGUUUGCCCAUUCAUCUAUUGUAUCGCUCCGUGCCUUUUAAAGAACUAUGUGCAUUGUAUGCCGCAAGCGACGUGUGUUUAGUGACAAGCACCCGCGACGGUAUGAACUUGGUUUCCUACGAAUCGCUGAAUGGUUCGCUGAUUAUCAAUCCGUGGGACCGCUUCGCGGUAGCGGAUGCAAUUUAUACUGCACUGACUAUGCAGCCUGAAGCGCGGCGUGCAAACUCAGAAAAAAUGCUUAAAUAUGUCAAGCGGCACACCGCCUCUUGGUGGGGCCGCAGUUUUGUGGAAGAUCUCGGCAAGACGCACGACAGUAGGUUGGACUGCGGGAUCGAACACGCAUAA